AUGAGUAGGGAUUGGAUUUACGACAAGAAAAAAUUCAGCAGAGAGUAUGCAGUUGGUAUUGAGUCAUUCUUUAAUGUUGCCAAAAAUCAUCUGAAUGCCCAGAAUGAGGCUCAUUGUCCUUGCUGCAAGUGUCAAAAUAUAAAAAUGCAUUCGAUUGCUGUAAUGCGAAUGCAUUUACUGCAGGAUGGCAUGUCACCAGUCUAUGACACAUGGAUUUAUCAUGGGGAACAAUUUGAGCAGCCACAGUCAAACAGGGAAGAUGUGCUUCCACCUGAUGCAGAUGUUCAUGAGAUCUUAAAUAAUCGAUUCCCACGAGACUUGGAUCACGAAUCGGUGCGAGAUGAUAGUUUCAGAGACAACCUUGGUCUCGGGGACGAUAACAGAACUUAUGAGCAUAGAGUUGAGGCUGCUAAGUAUGAAAAGUUGAUGACUGAGGCUAAGUGUGAGUUUUUCCCAGGUAGCAAUGGUUCAGUUUUGAUGGCUAUGGUCAUGUUGAUGAAUAUGAAGGUUCAGAGUCAUAUAACUAACAAGGGGUUUGACACACUGCUUGAUAUCCUCAAUUACCUUUGUCCUAAACCCAACAGCAUUCCUGUGUCCUUCUAUGCUACAAACAAGAUGUUGAAAGAUUUGGGCUUAGGUUAUGAAAAAAUUAAUUCAUGUAAGUACAACUGUGCUCUGUUUUACAAGGAGCAUAAAUUUCUAGAUAGGUACCCAGAGUGUGAUGAGCCAAGGUACAAGCCCAGUACUAGUGAAAAGCGGAAGAAGAUUCCACAGAAAGUAUUGCGUUAUUUACCCCUUAAGCCGAGGCUACAAAGGUUGUUCAUGUAA